UGGUUUUCAUAGGAAUAAUGUUGUCUCAGGAAACGUCAGCAUUCAUACUAAUAUUGCUCGUUGAUAUGGUAUUUACUCAAUGUCCUGUUGGCUGCAAGUUAUGUUCCGGUUCAAAUUGCACAAGUUGUGAAUCAUCUUACUUUUUAUCACAUGAUUUGUGUUCACCAUGUCCCAAGCAUUGUGACAGCUGUAACAGCUGGGAUGACUGUACUUUAUGUAAACCAAAUAAGCAUGGUUUGCAUGCAAGAUGUGAUUUCAACUGUGAUGGUAAUUGUCUAAACAGUGAAUGCGAUGAUAAAACUGGAGAUUGUACUCAAUGUAAGCCCGGUUUAUAUGGAUAUCAAUGUCAACACAAUUGUAGUUUAUGUGAAAAUGAACGUUGUGAUUUACGUACCUGCUCGAGUGAUUGUAGAGCUGGAUAUUAUGAGAUUAGGUUCGGUGCCGUAACAUUUUGUCAGGAUUGUCCGACAAAUUGUAAACAUUGCACGGAUGGGAAAGCAUGUUAUAUUUGCAAUGAUAGUUUUCACCUCUAUAAGUUUAAUGACAAUGUUCACUGUGUGUCAUGUUUGCAAGCACGGCAAUGUCCGGACUGUGUUAUCCAAGGUUGUAACCAGUGCCAAAUACACAAUGAUUCGUUAGUCUGUGCGGAUUGCCCAGAAGGACAAAUAUUCAAUGGUAAAACAUGCGUAUCACACACAGCAUUGUGCUCAAAAGAAUGUUCUACGUAUUGUGAUGGUAAUGGAAUAUGUCAAGGCGAAUGUAAUAAGGGCUGGACUGGUGAAAAAUGCUCCGAAAGAUGUAACAGUCAAUGUUUAAAGUGCACAAAAGAGAACCGAAAUAGUUGUCUACUGUGUAAAGGUAAUUAUUACUAAACCGAUUGCAGUUUAGCCUGCAACCCGGCAUGCAUAUUAAUGAGUGGUAAACAUACCUGUGAACAUACAGGCGGAUAUUGUCUAAACGGAUGUAAUCAAACAUUUUGGGGCGACACCUGUGAUAAAUCUUGUAAAAAUCUUAAAUGUGAUAGAAACAACGGUGCAUGUACAGAUGGAUGUAGGGAUGGACUGACCGGAGAUAAAUGUACUCAAACUAUCACAAUCGGUUAAUUAUGUGCAUAUGAUUACUGCCAGGAAUGCAUUUCAAAAUAAUUAAUUCAUAAAUAUGUCCUCUGGUUUAAAUCAAAUUCAUAAUUACCAUAAAUAUCGAUUAUUCAUAAAUAUUCGUCAUAUGUUGGAGUAUUAGGGGCAUUGAAAUACUUUUUUGCCUUGUUUACACAUGUUAGAAUUACUUUGAACGUUGGUAACUAUAACGUGCACGUUUAU